UGGUGCAGAGCAUGAUGACGGUGGUGGUGGUCAGUGUAUGAACUGUAAGUUCCGUGGAGAGGAGAAUCUGUCCCACUACUCUCCCUGGUCCUGUGGAACCAUCAGUACCUGCAUCAGCCCCUUUGAACCAGAGUAUCACAAGGCCUCAGCUCACUCCCGCUCCGAAAACUUAGAAGUAGACAAAGGUGAAAGGACGCGGUGGCUACACACGUUUGAGCCCUACCGCCGUCUGAAAGACGAGGACCCCAGCAUACCGUUUGAGACCUACCGCCGUCUGAAAGACGAGGACCCCAGCAUACCGUUUGAAACCUACCGCCGUCUGAAAGACGAGGACCCCAGCAUACCGUUUGAGCCCUACCGCCGUCUGAAAGACGAGGACCCCAGCAUACCGUUUGAGCCCUACCGCCGUCUGAAAGACGAGGACCCCAGCAUACCGUUUGAAACCUACCGCCGUCUGAAAGACGAGGACCCCAGCAUACCGUUUGAAACCUACCGCCGUCUGAAAGACGAGGACCCCAGCAUACCGUUUGAGCCCUACCGCCGUCUGAAAGACGAGGACCCCAGCAUACCAUUUGAUCCCUACUGCCGUCUGAAAGACGAGGACCCCAGCAUACCGUUUGAAACCUACCGCCAUCUGAAAGACGAGGACCCCAGCAUACCGUUUGAAACCUACCGCCGUCUGAAGACGAGACCCCAACAUACCAUUUUGAAACCUACCGCCGUCCUGAAGACGGGGACCCCAACAUACCGUUUGAGCCCUACCGCCGUCUCAAAGCGAGGACCCAGCAUACCGUUUGAAGGGCCCAUCAUACCGUUUGGAGAAGGGCCUAUCAUCUCCAAAUGCGGGGUGAUAUCCAGCCCUCCGUACAGGAUGCCACACCACCGACCCGGUCCAG